AUGAAUAGCGGGAGAGCAAAGAAAUCAACUAUACGUCGUAGGCUCUUUUCAUCGUUGGACUUGUUAGACUCCACCAUUUCCCGCAGGGACAAUAGCACCAGCGUCAGCAGCACUUGUCACUUUGGCCGCAUCACCCCUCAACAGCGAAGGCCAUUAUUUUUGCAUGUUUCAUUUCAGAUAAAUUUGUUGUUAGUGUUGGUUGUGGUGCAUUUACUCCUUGCGGUGACUACAAGCCCUGGGCACUCGCUGGACGUCAAUGCACCGUCGUACGUGCCUACUGGUAGAUGGGGUAUGCCUGCCGCAGCAGCGACGGCAACUAGCAUGAGGGAUAGUUUAGGGGAAACCUACGUCGGCUUCACGGGUUGGAGUGCUACCGCAGUAAAGUUGAACAAUACGGGCAUCUUUCCAGCCACUGUUGCAUUGGGGCGUUAUCUAGUCAUCAUGGGCGGCUCUGCCAUUGUCCCGCCAUACACACCAGUGUUGAUGUUUUUGUACCAAUAUGCCCUUCCAACAAUCAAUGUGGUGGAUAUAACGACGGGGUCACGCGUGCUUCCAUGGAUGCUUCUACAUAAUGAGUCAACCGGGGUCAAGCAUACUGCGCCUGGUCGCCAUGCUUCACCUUUGCGGCCGUCGUCGUUACCGUUACCGCCUCGUGUUCCUGCACAAUUGACAUUUCCUGCCGUUGGGACGGCAACUGCAGUUCGGCUUGGUCAGGCAGCAUACAUCAUGGGGUUUUGCACAAUGCUUCCUAGUAAUGUGAUUGUAGAAAAGAAUGAUGAGUUUCACGUCUUUCUCCGGUCUGUGCAAGAGGUGCGGCUGUAUCAGGAGGAGUUUCCUCCUCUGGAUGAUGUUACGAUGGACAUACGGAAUGCAAGCCUCCCAGCGGAUGCGCUGCUGCGUUUCAAUGCUAGUUGUGUCGGGAGUGGUGGAGAUAUCAUCUACAUUGUUGGUGGGGUCUCUUUGGAGAAGAUGGUGCCAUUGGCCUCUGUGUCCCAGUACAAUGUGGUAACAGGGCAAUUUAUUGAGGCGGGGCUACUGCUUGACGAUCCGAUUGUUGCACCUGGUGUAUUUGAAAGCAGUGGUCUUGUGUUUAUUGCCGGUGGCUACCGGGAAACCACGGGGAAUGGACUCGUUCUCAGUCGCAUGGUGACCGUCAUUGAUCCCUCGCUGGUCAAGGUGAGUAUUGGAAGUUACGAUGAUACAUGGCAGCUCAAUUGGCUCGCCCCGCAACUCGUGAUGUAUAACCACACGCUAGCCGUGAUGGGCGCCACAAAUGGCCGCUCCUUUGACCGACAAGAGGUAUGGUCAGAUCUCCUGCAAAUGCACCACAAUGCGGAAACUGUGUCCAUUCCCUUCCCACCGCUACGCAGCAAUGCCGCUUUGUUGGCCGUGACUAAUGUGGACGGUGUCACUGCCUAUCUCGUUGGUGGGCAGAUCCCACCGCCGGACGGAGCAGGCAUUUCGUUGGACGUUUUUACCGGGAAGAUGAAUGUCAACGAUGGGCAUCUGGCAGUGAGCGUCGUUGGAUUUCAUUAUAUUUCCCUUGCGAACGAGGUGUCGGAGGAGGAGGAGAUAGAGACGGAGGUGGCAGCGCAAAGGGAGAUGCAACGCACACGGCAACAUGUAGUCAUGAAGGAUGGAACAACACCUUCCAUGAAGGCCAAUAAACGCGUGAGAGACGAGGCAACAGAGGAAGCUGCCGCAGCAGGAGUAGCCAUCGUAGAACAAGAAGAGAGGCAAAGAGAAGAAGAGGUGGUGAAUUUGUAUCCGUCUAUGUCAGAGGAUUCUGAAAGUGUGGGAACACACACACCCUCGCAUUCGUUGAGGAGUACGUCAAGCAUGACACCAACCGUCAGUCCGUCUAUAACGCCAACGCCACCACCACCUCCUCCGCCUACCCCGCCUACCACGGACCUGCCAAACAACGAUGGCAACAUUACCGUCUUGGUGAAUGGAUAUGAGCCCUUGUGGUACAACUUUACGUUUAACAUUCUUCUCUCUGAAAGCUUGGCACAAGCCUGUCCUGGUCUCAUCCAUCCUGGUAACUAUGUGACAGGCACUGGUCUCGAUCGCGUAUCUCCGUGUCUGUUACGUCUCUCUGAUUCACCCACAUGCAAUUCGCGUCUUCUGGACAUUGGUAACUUGUCCUCUGCCAACACACAGCCGUACACUGUGAAUGAGGUGGAUCCAAUAACAAAUACUGUUCUAAAGAAAACAACGAUGGCGGUGGGACCUGUGACACUUAUAGGCUCCCUCGUAGAAGGUAUUAUUAAUCUCACUGGGCAUGGAGUAGGUUAUGGCGGCCCUAGUGUUGCUUCCCUAUCUGGGGAACAUCAUCAUCGUUACCGUCGUCGUCCGCGCCCCAUUUACGGAAGAAAUACCACGAGACCAUUUUAUGAGCAAUUUUUUUUGUAUGUAUGUUUUUCCAGUGGGGCCUUUGUACUACCUCAGUGCGAGGGUGGUAUAAAUGCGGCAGUUUGGGAUGAGGAAAAGGAUGUUAAGAAACCCUGUACCACCGCCUUUUACAGAGCGUUGAAUGCUGAGAAGCCCUUUGUUCUUUCCCCCGUUACAAAGUGGGUGCCUGGUACGACUACAACGACCACGCCUCCACCCUCCCCUGCGUCGGAUAACAACAUGUCUUACGGCAGCAUUGCUGCACUUGUAAUAUCUAUCUUUAUUACCAUGCUCCUUGUGGCAGCUGGGCUGUUUCAACUCGUGAAGCGGUACAUCGAUAAGAGUGCUAACAAGGCGGAGCUGCAACGUUUAUUUUUGCACUAUGAUAACGAUGAGGAUGAAAAUGAUAAAGGUCGUGGUGUUGGUCGUGGUACCGCUCUGCCUGUAGAUCAGAAGCAAAGGCUUCUUGAUGGCAAGUACCACGUGCUGCAUCGUCUUGGACGAGGGAGUUUCUCCGUCGUCUACCUUGUGGAGCGGGUGGAGGAUGGUCAACGAUUUGCGCUGAAGUACGUCCAGUGUGCGGACGACGUGGAUCGACUAGAGGCCAUGCGGGAGUGUGAGGUUGCCUACACUCUGCAAGGGCACCCCAAUGUGAUUCGGCUGGUGGAUAUGUUCAUGUCGUAUCGCUUUGAUACAAAUCUACAUGCUGGUGGAGGGCGUCAGCAGCGUUCUGAACGUCAAUUGAGCUCCCCGAACGAAUCCGUUAUGGUACGUGUGGAGGACGGCCGUGAAAUUCAUCCGGCCACCCCCCAACGUGGAGCAAUGGCAGUAGCGACUCCCAGCGAGAGGUAUUUGUCACUUGUUAUGGCGUACCACGAGAAGGGGGAUCUUGGAAAGUGGAUUCGGCAGAAAAAGUCAGAACCAAUGAUUCCAGAAACGACCAUUAUGAGCAUUGCCUUUCAGAUCUUAACCGUGUUGCAGUUCAUGCAUCACCGUGAACCCGCCAUCAUUCACCGCGACUUAAAGCCUGAAAAUAUUCUGCUUGAAUCUGACACUGCACGCGGUCAGCGGUGGAAGGAGAGCCGUGGGCAGAACGGCAGUGCAGAGUCUUUGCGAAUUGUCGUUACAGACUUUGGUCUUUCACGUGUGAUGGACAAGACGUUUUGUGAAACAGGGGUUGGUUCUCUGCCCUACGUGGCGCCGGAGUGUUGGCAGCGGCACUACUCCACAAAAGUGGAUAUAUGGGCCACAGGAUGUAUUCUUUAUGCAGCCUGCGCAAAGCGCGUGGAGAGUGACAAUGUGAAGGUGAUGUUUAGUGAAUGCGGUCGACCUGAUUUUAGGAAAAAGCUGAUUAAUGAGUUAACACAGGUGUAUGGGUACAGUCUGGCAUUGGCGGCCUUCAUUACAUAUUUGCUUGAGCCAGAUCCUGCGCGGCGCCCGAGCGCAGAAGAGGCGUUGCGGCUCAUUCGCAAGCGACGGAAAGAUGCUAUGGACGUAAAUGCCGAGAGUACCAUGGUGCCUCUCUACAAAGACGACGACAACAACGAUGCUGGUGCUGAUGAUGGUGGUGAGAGGAGUGACAACGACGUUGCGGAGGGCCGGGAUCGUAGUGGGCAUAUUGUCAAGAGUUAUGGUCAAGGCGGAAGUGAAAAGCAAGAAGUAUUUUCUGAGACGACCAGCAGCAAGAAGAAUCACCCUGUUGUCGUCCACCAGAGCGGGACCGGUAGUGGCAGGCAGCUUCUGGCGCCUACGGUGCCGCCGUCCGUUGGCGGGGGUCAGACACCACAAAAGCUGGCCACACCCGCUGCCACCAAUGUGGCUCCGCUAAGGGAAGACGCAGUGGCAUCCGACGGUAGAGAGCGACAGCAAAUGGAAAGUCACCGCAGUGAUGGAAGUGCGGCCACGGCGACGACGCGUGCUGACCACGACGCGCCCGUGCGCUCCUCACAGGGUGCAGCAACGUCACGCAGCACCAUAGAGACGAGCAGCUUGGCUCGCUGUUUACGCCCGGAGUCGCAUCAGGGAUAUCCACAACAGCAACACUCCUUCAACACCACCGACGGGCCCCUCGGCGAGGCAGCCGUACCUUACCUUUCACGCGCUUCAAACGCGGCUACCAGCAAGAAGGAACAGCGGCGCCACAAGCUGGAAAAAUACUUUGAGGCCAUAGCUGAGGACAGUGAGCAAUGCGACUUCUUUGUUGCACGAGAGUCUCAGUCUCUGCUUUCACUCUCGCUCUCGGCGACGCUUAGAGCUUCUAACGCACUGGGUGUAAUGGAAGGCAGGACGUCAUCGUCACAGCCCUUAGCGUUACCGUCCACAGUCGCAGCUUCGGAAUCCAGCCUGCGGAGUGCGGAGAAUGUUGACUGCAAGAAUAGGAUCCCGGAGACUGUGUCUAUGGAUUGUCCCAGCGUGGAAUUUUUUUCAACGGCGGCAACCGAUGGGAUGUUUUCAAACAUGAGGAAAAGGAGCCGUGGUGUUCCCCCUGGUGGCAACCCAACCACCGUGAAGAAGUCGACAUCAUCAUCCACACUGUCAUGA